UUUAGCAGCGGUUGAUUGUGACAUCCAAGAUGGCCGCGACCAUGUGAAACUGGACGCGACGUGUUGUUUUUUCAUAAAAAGUGAGAAUCUGAGAAUACCAGCGAUGAGCAAACAAGGCGAGGACGAAAGCGAUAUAUCUGAGGAAUUCUCGGGAGAAGAAAAUGAGGAAUGGGAUGAAGACAUCUCAGAUGAGGAUGAUGUCAUAGAUGAUGAUGAGGAGGAGGAGGAGGAAGAUGCCGGUCAGUUGGAGGAAGCUGGAAGGAAGGUCGAACAGCUAUCCAAAAGGGUGUUGGAAGACAAAGAGUCAACAGAUCAACCCCCUAUGAAGAGUGUCCGUAUGGGGAAGCCAGACUUGUACAGGCCUCCCACUAAUGAAGAAAUGAACCAGCUGAAGGAGACAGAAAACCUGUUCCAGUCCAGUCUUUUCAGGAUGCAGAUAGAGGAACUAGUUUCUGAGGUCACACCCAAGAACAAGAAGAGUCCAGCCCUGGAUAAAAUACUUCACUCUCUCAAUGAGAUGGUAAUGAAACUCCCAAAGACUGACUCCAAAGAGUUGACAGACCAGUCAUGGUUGCCAAGCACUGUCAAGGUCCCCAUCCAACAGUCACCGUACCAGGUCAAGGGUCACUUCCACUUUGCCCCUCCCACCAGUAUGAAGGUUGUAGGAAGUUAUCUGCUCGGCUUCUGCACCAAACCUGACAUGAAUGUGGACGUAUUACUGGAGAUUCCAAAGGAGUGUCUACAAGCCAAAGACUACCUGAACCACAGGUACCACAGAAAGAGGGCCCUGUACCUGGCCUACCUGGCAGCCAGUUUAGAUAACCAGGACCUGUUCACCAGUGUCAACUUCACCUUCUUCCACCAAGACUGCAACAAGCCUGUACUUCUACUGAAACCCUCAGGGAAGGCAGGCAAACAUUACACCAUCAGGCUUCAUGCCUGUCCUCCGGAGGGCUUCUUCAAACCCAACCGUUUCCAUCCAAACAAGAACAAUAUCCGCAGUGACUGGUACACUGGGAAGGGUCAAGAUCAAGAAUGUGAACCUCCCACCCCACACUACAACAACAGUAUCCUGGUGGACAUGAUGAUGACAGAACACCUGCACCACCUGUUCUCCUUGUCAGCUGACUUCCCUGCCAUGAGGGAGGGUCUGGUACUGCUCAAGGUCUGGCUACAUCAGAGGGAACUGGACACGGGUCCAGGCUGUUUUAGUGGUUUCCUGAUGUCCAUGCUGUUGUCCUACCUGCUAUCUGUGCACAAGCUCAGCAAGGCCAUGAGCAGUUACCAGGUCAUGAAGAAUGUGCUGCAGUACUUGGCUAACUCAGACUGGACUACCCAGGGUAUCAGCCUAGCCAGCUCUGUAACAACAGAAGAUGUGCCCACAUUGUCAGACUUCCACCAGGCCUACCAGGUGGUCUUUGUUGAUCCUACCGGGUACCUGAAUAUGUGUGCGGACAUGUCAACAGCAACGUAUGCAAGGGUGUGCCAUGAAGCACGGUUGUCUGUGGCCAUGCUGGAGGACAAGUCACUAGAUGGGUUCCAGGUUCUCUUCAUGCAGUCUGUGCCUUUUGUACACAAGUUUGAUCACAUCUUCCACAUCACACGUGUCCCAAGACUCCGGCUGGUGUGUGAACACAUGGAUCUGCAGCAUGCUGUCAUGGAUCACUGUGGCAAUUACCUCAUGGCCUCACUACCCAGCAUCCUCCAGCUGCUCACCAAAGCACUAGGGAACAGGGUGAACCUCAUAGGGGUCAAGGGUUAUGACCUUGGACAGUGGUCCAUAGGAGAUGACCCUCCUGGUCUGAAGGACAUUGGGAGGCUGACCUUUGGCCUGCUGCUCAAUACCGAGUUCUCCUCAAGUGUGCUGGACAAAGGACCACCUGCAGAUGAACCACAGGCUGCGGAGUUCCGUGAGUUUUGGGGGGACAAGUCUCAGCUGAGGAGGUUCCAGGAUGGAACCAUCUGUGAGGCAGUGGUCUGGCAGGGAAACAACAUCGCUGAGAGAAGACUGGUGUGCUCCCAAGUCAUUCAACACAUCCUGAACAGACAUGCUAAUGUCCCCAAAAGUAUCAUCAACUACCUUGGAGGUCACUUGGAUGGCCUGCUGUCCCACCCCAGCCUACAAGAGGGCACUGCUGUGCCGUCAGUUGAUGACAAGCUGCCCAAGUCACAAGCCCAAGGGAAGAAAGGAAAAAGAAGCAAGAAUAUACCACAGGAGCAGCCAUUGGAUCCAAACCAAAAUCCAAGCUCACAUCCUGGAACUGGUGAUGAGGAGAAUGUUACAGUCAUGAGGGUGUACAAUGACCUCUGUCGGAUUGUGCGGGGACUGCAGGACCUGCCUCUGAAUGUGACCUCCAUACAAGGCACUUCUCCUGUCUUCAGAUAUGCAGAGGUGUUUCCUCCUCGCCCUUCUCAAAUGAAGAAAACCAGAGACAUGACAGUGAUGCAUGGUCACAUACAAGUGCCAGUCAUAGGGAAACCCUGUCCACCUUUUGUGCCAGCUUUGAAAGUGAUUUGCCAUAUGGAAGGAAGUGGAAAGUGGCCAGAGGAAGCUGAUGCCAUCAAGAGAGUGAAAGCUGCUUUUCACAUCAAACUGGGGGAACUUUUACACAAACAGCAUGGUCUGGUCACUAGUGCAACCACAGGACAUGUGGACAUUGCCAUGGGAGGUUUCGUGUUCCGACUGGUGAUUGCGUACCACCGCGAGGUCAACAUCUUGAAGUUAGAGAGAACGACGGAGGGCCUUCUGAGAGAGAGGGACAACGUGGCUUCUCGAGAGUUGGAGCGAGAAACUGUGAUGCUGCCAAGACUAACAAGCGCCCUACAUGGUUUGCAGCAGCUGUACUCAUCCUUUAGUGGCUGCCUGCGGUUGGCCAAACGUUGGGUGUCGGCACAGCUCCUGCACAGACACGUGCCUGACGUUAUGGUGGACCUUCUGGUGGCACAUGUCUUCCUCCAACCACAGCCUCUCACACCUCCUGGAUCUCCAGCUGUAGGCUUCCUGAGGUUCCUCCAUCUCCUCAGCACACACGACUGGAAGGUCAACCCCCUCAUUGUCAACUUCAAUGGGGAACUGAAGGCUCCAGACCUGCAGGAAAUCUCCAACAAGUUCACCUCCUGUCGCUCUCAGCUGCCAAUCAUGUUCAUAGCCACGCCCACUGACAGGCUCACAUCCCAUUGGACUAGAGCCAAGCCCACUGCACAGAUUCUCCAGAGGCUAAUCUCCCUAUCCCAGGAAGCCUUGAAGAUGCUUGAGCUCCAGAUGCUGACAACUUCAGACGGAGCAGACUUCAAGCAAGCAUUCCGGCCUCCUGUCGACAUUUACGACGUCAUCAUCCACCUCAAUCCAUGGAAUGUUCCACGUCGGUCAGAGGGGGUGGACUACCUGAAACUCAAAGACUGCAGGGACAUACUAACUGAUGAGGGGGUGGGACAGGGUGGCAAAGAGAUCCUCCCCGUGGUAGACUUUGAUCCAGUCCACAUGUAUCUUGAGGAACUAGAGGACACAUAUGGAGACAUGGCACUGUUUUUCCAUGACCCCUGUGGAGGUCUUUACAUCACAGUAUUGUGGAAACCUCCUGCAUUCACAUCCAAACCAUUCAAGGUUACGACCUUGAACGGCCGUGCCCCUGACCUUGACCAAUCAGGAGAGGACCUGAUGAUGAUUCCGAACGUGGCAGCCAUUUUGGAAGACUUCCACUCCCUUGGGAAAGGCUUAGUAAAAUCAGUAGAUGUGAAAAGAGAAAGACCUGUUGUGAGAUAGUAAAUAUUUGUUGCCCUCUUUUAUAUCGGAUAUCAGAGUUGAUCCAGUAUUAAUGUGUUUACUCCAAUAUUUUUAAACAUUACAAAAUUGUUUUUGUUUAUCACUGCAAGAUUCACUCUACUAACAUAUGUAACUCAUGUAAUUUAUCCAGCUGUAGUUAGAGGGAAGUUAUACAUGCAGUUAGUAAUGCAUCUAAUAUGAUUUUGAUGAGACGGUUGGUGAGAAAAAUAAAAACAUCUUGAUCUUAGUAAA